AUGGGAGUGAAAUUGAUAUUGCUCCUAGGUGCUCUGGCUGCGGUACUUUACUCAGUACAUAUUCUGGUCAAGGACUAUCAAGCACUGACGGCAUCUAAAGUGUUAAAGUUACUGUUCAAGAGAGAAACAGAUGGUCGAGACAAGCCGAUGCCUAGGGUGAGAUGGGGUCAGAUGCUUCGCUAUGAUCCUGUGCAGUGCGCCCGGUACCUCUAUUGUGCUCUUGGCUCGCAGCCGGGGGACAAUGGGCUCCGCCGAGGUCUCAUCAGCAUGCUCGACUUGGCUCCAGCAGAAGCGGAUCGGGAAGCGUACGAGACGUUUAAGUCGGCUUUCAUUCUAGGAAGAGCCAAACAAGCCCUAGAUGUAUGCACCAAAGAAUACCACUUAUGUCCAUUUAAUUUUAACGUAUUGUUGCACAUAGUACAGUACUUGUUAAAAAAUAAUUAA